AGACGCUUGUGGCCAGAUCUUGCCGAAGAAGCUAUGCAAGUCCAAAAUCUCGCAAGCCUGGGGUUUCUGCUAGGAUGGGCAUUCUGUGUUCUUACAGAUCCAGUGAAAGACACUCAACAUAAAGUAACCUACAAGGUCUGUGACACACCUGUGUGCGUCGAGCGAGCCCGGCUGAUCAAUGAGUCUCUCAAUGUGUCCGUCGACCCAUGCACCGACUUCUACUCAUACGCCUGCGGCGGAUGGAUGUCAAAACACAAGAUACCAGAGAGCAAGCCGGCGACGGGAAGUUUCACCCUCCUUGACGAUGAACUCAGAGAGACAGUCAGAGAUAUUUUAGGGAACAUGACCCUUGUCUGUGAGAACCAGAAUAUAACGGAUAAGGCGGCCGUUGUCUACAACGCUUGCGUGGCUGUUCCGGAUCUCGAAGAUAGACAUGACGUCGUCCUUGCUAUAAUGAAUGAUUCUGGGCUCGCUCAGUGGCCGAAAACGCGCCAGAACAAAUGUAAGAAAACCGACGCUCUAAACUCCACGGACGUCCUCAUCCAGACAAGAAUUUCUACUGUCCUUUCGCCUGCUGUCUCACGGGAUUCCCAGAAUCUUAGUGCUUACGUCAUUCAGCUUGAUCAGCUUGCAUUCUCGGCGGUGGGCAGAAACCAGCUCAUUAAUCAAACAACAAACUACAGCAAGCCAAUCAUUGCUGCUUACAAGAAGGUCAUUGAAGUGGCAAUGAAGUUCAUGAAGCCUAACCUUAGUGACAGCGAGCUCAACGAACUUUCCGACAUUCUUCUGGCUUUUGAAAGAAAGUUGGCAAAUAUGACAGCACCUCCUGAAGAAAGGAGAGACUUGAUGAAGCUUUAUCACAGAACCACCAUUGACGAACUGGAAAGAAACUUCUCUUACGUACCUAUUCGCGCCUUACUUCAGAAUGAAUUCUGUCGAGUAAACAUUACGUUGGCACGCAAUGAGACUGUUGAACUGUUUGCUCUUGAGUACUACAAAAAACUGAAUGAAUUUCUAAAAUCCGCCGACACUGACACAUUGUACAACUACGCUGGCCUGCGCCGCAUUCUCAAUUGGGCUGCGACAGGAUCCCAAGGAUUCCGGAAUGCUUCUUUAGAGCUUCGUAAAGUGAAAGCCGGAGUGCGUGUUGAGAAGCCAAGGUGGCAACUGUGCGUCGACGCGGUUAACGAUGUGAUGGCCGAGAGUGUAGGCUACCUCUACGUGCAACGCAAAUUUAGCGAAAAGGCCAAGGAAGAGGUAGAAGACCUUACCAGAAGGAUCAUGGCUGCCUUCAAUGAAUCCCUCCACACACUUAAAUGGAUGGAUAACAAGACUAGAGCUGCAGCUGAGAGAAAGUUGUCGAAAAUGGGAACCAAGAUUGGAUAUCCUAACUGGCUAUUCAACACAACCUACAUUGAGAAACUUUACAACUUUGUACCGAAACUGUCCCUGAAUGCAUCCUACGGAGAGAUGAUGUACUCAAUAGCACAAAACAACUGGAAACAGGAACUGCUGAAGCUGCGAAAACCAUACGACAAAGAUGCAGAGUGGAUAGUUGGUGCAGCAGUCGUGAAUGCUUUCUACAGUUCGAGCAGCAAUGAAAUGGUGUUUCCUUCAGGAAUUCUUCAAGGGGUCUUUUAUGAACACGGACUUCCACGAUCCAUCAACUUCGGAGCCGUUGGCAUGGUCGUCGGUCACGAGAUGACACAUGGCUUCGACGACCAAGGAAGUCAGUUCGACGCAGAAGGUGCUCUCAAGCAAUGGUGGACCAAUGAAACGCGCACUGAGUUCAUGAAGAGGACCAAAUGUUUUGUGUACGAAUACGGAAAUAUCACCGACAAGGAAGCGAACAUGACGCUCAAUGCAAAGAACACUGUGGGCGAGAACAUUGCUGACAAUGGCGGGCUCCGUAUGGCUUUCGAGGCAUAUAGCCAACUUCUGGAAAAAGAGUACAAACACGUAGACACUCGCUUGAAAGGUCUGGAAGACGUCUCAGGGAAGCAGCUGUUCUUCCUCUCCAACGCAAUGGUAUGGUGCGGCUUGAGUCGGCGCGAGUAUCUUAAGCUGCAGAUUCAGUAUGACCCGCACAGCCCCGGUCCAUACAGAGUCAACGUGCCAAUGUCAAACCUGAAAGCGUUCUCUGAGACUUUCAACUGCCCAGCAAACUCCACCAUGAACCGGAAAGACCGGUGUAGUUUGUGGUAAAGCGUUCCCAAAAGGAAUUUGAAAGCGAGGCUACAGCCAUUCCCAGAGUCAGGCAAGACACUCACCAACCAAAACAGUGUUACAAUAAACAACAAUGAACGAA